AUGAGGACACUGUGGAUGGCGCUGUGCGUGCUGGCGCGGCUGUGGCCCGGGGCCCUGGCCGGCUGCGCGGACGCCGGGCGCUGCUGCCCCGGCCGGGACCCCGCCUGCUUCGCCAGCGGCUGGAGGCAGGACCGGGUCUACGGGACGUGCUUCUGCGACCAAGCCUGCCGCGUUACCGGGGACUGCUGCUUCGACUAUGCCAGGGCGUGCCCAGCUCGCCCGUGCAUCGUUGGGGAGUGGAGCCCCUGGAGCGGUUGUGCUGGCCAGUGUCGGCCCAUGGCGCGCGUGCGGAGGCGCUCUGUGCAGCAGGAGCCUCAGAACGGCGGCGCGCCCUGCCCGGCCCUGGAGGAGAGAGCCGGCUGCCUGGAGUACGCGACGCCGCAGGGCCAGGACUGCGGGCACGCCUUCGUCCCUGCCUUUAUAACUACCUCUGCAUUCAACAAGGAGCGAACAAGACAGGCGGCCUCCCCACACUGGACCACGAACACAGAGGAUGCUGGAUACUGUAUGGAGUUCAAGACAGAGUCAUUGACUCAUCACUGUGCCAUGGAAAACCGCCCCCUGACCCGAUGGAUGCAGUAUCUCCGAGAGGGCUACACAGUGUGCGUGGAUUGUCAACCUCCAGCUAUGAACUCUGUGAGCCUUCGUUGUUCUGGUGAUGGCUUGGACUCUGACGGAAAUCAGACCCUCCAUUGGCAAGCAAUUGGCAAUCCUCGAUGUCAAGGAACUUGGAAAAAAGUUCGGCGGGUAGAACAGUGCUCUUGUCCAGCUGUUCACAGUUUCAUUUUUAUAUAGACCUUGAUAUAAAUAUUUCGAAAUGUGUUUGUAAACAUGUUUAAUACUAGCAAGUCAUGUUCAAUGCUGCAUAAUCCUUUGAAAACUCUUUGGCCUUAAGUUCCUAAAUGUAUGUCGUUGCCACAUCCUGAAGCAGAGAAAGGAAAUUGAGGGGCCAGUUCUUAAGAAACGCAGUACCUUUAUUUUUAUUUUUUACUAUGUUGAGGAC